GAGAGCUGCGACGUAUCAACUUUCAUUGCGAAGAUGGAGUCGUUUGAUUCAAUCGCAAAGACGGAUACAAACGAGUCGAUGGCAAAGAAAGAUUCAACAGAUUUGAUUACAGAAGUUGAUUCAAACCAAGAUGUUGAGUCACUUGGAGUAGAUUCAAGGGAUUCGAUUCCUGAGAUCUAUUCAAACAAAAAGUUUGAUGCAGAUUCUGUUCAUCAGCUUAAGGAGUUUGAAAAAGAGUGUCGUUUGGCGAUCUUUGUAGACAACUGUAAAAGGAUCUAAGGAAGAACAGAGAAGGGGAAGAAAAAUGUUACAGAGCGUUUUGAUAAUCGAAUAUGGAGAUGGGAGUAGAAAGCGUUUUUUUUAAUUGUUUAUGAGAAAGGAUAGGAAAGAUAUUAAAGUGAUUGAGAUAUGGGAAUAUUUUUUACGUUAGUGAAGGAAAACACAUUUAAUAAUUGUGUUUUACAAUAACGUUAUUUUCUCUUUUUA